AUGGUCGUUAAAGGAAAGGCUGAGAAAGCGCAGAAGGCCGAGACGAAAAAGGAGGAGCCCGAGAAAAAGGUGGCUACCGAAGAAUCCGAUGACUCGUCUGAUGAGGAGAACGUCCCCGGCCUCGAUGGCGAGGAACUGACUGAAGAGCAAAAGAAAGUCGCCGAAGCUUUGGGAGAGCCCACCGACAAAGUCGGAAAGCAAAGCCGAUCCGAGAAAAAGGCACGCAAACUUUUCUCGAAGCUCGGACUCAAGCCUGUGCAUGGUGUUUCUCGUGUGUGCAUCCGCAAGUCGAAGACCAUCCUCUUUGUCAUCAACAAACCCGACGUGUACAAGAGCCCCGGGUCGGACACCUACAUCGUUUUCGGGGAAGCGAAAAUCGAGGAUCUCUCGCAACACGCAGUUGGCCAUGCCCUUGACCGCCUCAAACCUGAAGAUGCUCCAGCGGCUCGACUUGCACCAGUUCAAGAGGACGAAGAUGACGGUGCUGAUGAAGAAGCAGGCAACAUCGAGGACAAGGAUAUUGAGCUGGUGAUGUCACAGGCGAACGUCUCCCGUAACAAAGCUAUUCGUGCCCUCAAACAGUCCGACAAUGAUAUUGUCAAUGCCAUUAUGAGUCUAACGAUG